AUGUGGGGGAUAUUUAGCUACGCUUUCGUCGUGGGAGGCUGCGCCCUCCAGGCGCUGGCUUCAUAUGACUUUGUCCCAGACGUUACAGGGAUGCAGCUUGGAAAAUUCGUGGAUCCCUUACCUGUUCAAUAUGACCUGGCCGGGUCGCAAGCUUUCAAGUCCAAUAUCUCGAGUUCAUACUGGGCAUCCUCCUACAUCUAUGGUAGCGAUAACCACCAGUAUUUGGCAGUAUCCCACUUCCUCUCCCUGGAAUCGGGUGUUUCUGUGCGGCGCUCUUCUAUCCUUGAUGUAACCAACUCGUGUUUCUAUAACCAGUCCACAACAAUUGCUGGCCUGCCAUCAAGUGUUAGUGGAAACACAACCGGUGUCAAGAUCAAAUUUGAUGACUACGGAUUUAUCUCGACUACAGACGAUCCUCUUGGUUCGAUCAAUAUCUACAGUACUGAUCCAGCAUCCAUCUUUAACAUCACGUUUUCUCUGACCUCCCCUGUGAUCCUCAAUGGCGGACAGGGCAGUUUCCUUUGGGAAACCGUCAUAGCAAAUGAGUGGUCCAUGCCCAAAGGCACUACAACUGGUUCCUUGACCUCUGGUGGCAAAUCCAUUGCCAUUGACCCCAAGAGGUCAUUCACCUGGUAUGACCGCCAGUUCCAGUCGUCCGGAGCAUCUCAAUGGACCUGGUUUGCCCUUCAUACAACAAACUCUCUUACCAAAGCCCGCAAAUCAUACUCAAUCUGGUUCUCGCCAGAUGGGCAGGGUGGGACCAAGGGCUUUGCUACUGUGCGUGCUCAAGAUGGCGUCCAAGUAGUGGUUGCUGCCAACUUGACAACUCGCGGCUCUUCCUGGCUCUCUCCUCACAGUGGGAAUGAAUAUGCAACGGCAUGGACGCUCAAACUUGCAGAUGGGUCAUUUUUCAACAUCACGUCUAUUCGCAAGGAUCAAGAGAUGAUUGACUCUCAGGCCUUAACCUCAACUUACGAAGGGUUCGUUAAUGUUGAAGGAGAAGGCGUAUCUGGCUAUGGAGUCGUCGAGAUCCAGCCACCAGUUAGCUUUUAG